AAAAGCGCCCCAUCGCCCCACUCUCUCUCAUCUCCUCUUCUCCAAUUGCUUCUCUUUCUCUCCAAUCUUCGAAGAGAUGGUAGUGGGUUUGGGGCCGGGGAGGUUCUACGGGAGCAGCCUCCCGCGGCCGCGCUUCUACACCGAGGUGAAGCUGAACGACGAACGCGUCGACCCGCCGGUGCCCGUCAUGGAUCCGCUGCUCUUAUGGGCAAACGACGCUCACUGGUCCAUGGGCGGCCUCAGCUUCAAGCGCCAUCGCCUCCAGGGCCGGAUCGAGGGCUCCAUCAAGAAGCUCCGCGCACAGCAAGAGAGAACGCACGGAAGCUCUCCUUCCCUCAACCGAAACCCGGCGGCCAAGCCAAGGUUCUCCGGCCAUAAGCCCCUGUCUCUGGCUUCGCUCCGUUCCGACUCCUCCGACUCAGAGGAGGAGGAGUUCCAGAAGAAGGCAAAGGAUGUUAGCAUCGUUUCGUCUCCGUUGAUUGGGUCCGCUCAGAAGAGGAAGAGGGCGAGGAGGCUCGGUGAUGAGUUUGAUAGGAUUGCAGAACAGCAGCAGAUGGGGAAGCAGAGUGAGGAGGGGGAAGGGGUUGCAUCGAGGACCCGGAGCCGGAAGCCGGACGUGGAGGAAGUGGAACUCGGUGAGGAGCCUACCGUCACUGGGAAAGGGAGCGUGGAGAGGAGGAAGAGGAAGGAGGUGGAUGGUGUUACGCCGAGAAGGAUUUCUCCAAGGAAGAAGAAGCUGAUUUGAUUCCUAUGUUUCUUUUCUCUCUCUAAGUAGUAUUUCAUUAUGAUGUUUUUGAUUGAAUCAACUGCAGUUUACUUGUUUGAUGUAUUGACGCUGAGAAGAAAGAAAGAACUAGUUUGAUGGGGAUCGGUUCAGUCCAAGUCAUAGAACUGAAAUUGGUUUUUCUCUCUUCUUGUUUGCUUACCAAAA